ACCGCCUUCGCUCCGGGUCCAGCUAACUUGGACAACAUGCCGCUGUGUAACAGACUCCUCACACCGCUGCAACUUUCACUCCGUCAGCCUGCACUGAAAUGAUGAUCCGCAGCGUUUCCUCCACACAAACGCCACAUGGUCGACGACGCUGAGUCCUGAAACCUGAGAUGUGGACGGGACUCACCUGAGCUGCCCGAAGGUUCAGAAGAAACCUUAACUUCCAAACAAGCGUCUUUUUGUGGCGUAUAACCCUGGAUUUGGUUAAAAUGGGUGUGCUGCUGUGGACGAACUGCGUUUUCUUGCUGGCGUGUGGCUCUGGAUUAGGGUUUGGCAGCCCCAACAGAUGCGAUGAAGUGCGGAAAGUUUUCCAACUCAAACAAAUUGGACCAAAUCAAUUAUUGCCUUUGAGCCCCAGACCAGGUUCAGACCUUCAGGUGUGCAUGUCCAAGAACCUGACCUGCUGCACCAAAAAGAUGGAGGAGAAGUACCAGGUGGCGGCCCGGAGAGACAUCCAAAACCUCCUGCAGACGUCCAGCUCCAGCCUCAAGUUCCUCAUAUCGCGCAAUGUGGCAGCUUUUCAAGAGACCUUUGAGGCUCUGAUUUGGCAGGCUGAGAAUCACACCAAUGUGGUUCUCCAGGCGUCGUACCGCAGCAUGGCUGAUCAGGCUGUUGGCCCGGUGCGGGAACUCUUCACAGACAUCAGUCUCUUCCUGCUGGGGUCUGAGCUCAGCGUUGAUGACUUGGUGCAGCGAUUCUUUGACGCACUCUUCCCACUGGUCUACAAUCACCUCAUCAACCCUGGCCUCAGCGACAUAUCACCGAGCUACGCUGAGUGCGUGAGGUCGUCCAGGCGGGAUGUGAGACCGUUUGCCGCGGCGCCCGGCCUCCUGGCUGAUCAAAUCGCUCGCUCUGGGGUGUCUGGGAAACUUCUGAUUCAGGCACUGCACCUGGGCAUUGAGGUCAUAAAUACAACAGACCACUUACAGCUGAGCCGCGAGUGCAGGCGGGCCCUGCUCAAGAUGCACUACUGUCCUCACUGCCAGGGCUUAACCCAGUCCAAGCCCUGCAUGGGUUACUGCCUCAACGUGAUGCGAGGCUGUUUGGCAAGCAUGGCAGAGAUCGACAGCCACUGGAGAGAGUUCGUCCACUCGCUGGAGGGCCUGUCAGCACGGAUGCAAGGGCCUCAGGAUUUGGAGCAAGUGCUUCUGGGAGUUCACACGCUGCUUCAUGAUGCUGUCGGACAUGCCCAGAAAAAUGGGCCUCGCCUCUCUGCACAGGUGCACAGACUGUGUGGCACACCGAGCAGAAGGCCUGCACAGUCAGUCAGCCUCCAGCACAGCAGCCGGGACUCCAUCCCUCUUAAAGCUGCUCUCAGUGGAUCCGGGGACUCGCUGGCUGUGAGGAGGAGGGACUUUCUAAACAGCUUACGCCUCUACCGUACGUUCUACGGUGGCCUGGCCGAUCAGCUGUGUGUGAGUGAGCUGGCCUCCGGUGACGGGCAGGCCUGUUGGAAUGGAACCGACAUCGUAAAAAGCUACACCCUCCGUGUGGUCGGCAACGGGAUCAAGGCUCAGAGCGCUAACCCUGAGGUCAAAGUGAAGGUAGCAGACCCUGUCAUAAAUCAGAUCAUCGACAAACUCAAACACAUUAACCAGCUGUUGCAAGGGAAGUCCAUUCCUAAACUGGGGUCACUGGACCAGAUAGAAACAGGAAGUGGAGACGCAGAUGGACGCUACAGCGGCGACUGUGAUGAUGAGGACGGCUGCGGUGGUUCGGGGGGCGACGAGGUGAAGAGGAAAGUCCCCAGAGUCUCCAAAUUGAGUCCAGAUGUGACCAGCGAUCAAAAACAUCGUCAUCAUAAUCAUCAUUAUCCACGUGCCGAGGACUCAGCGAGGGAGGGCCGAUCCAGGAGCUUUGGACUGACAGGGGCCAUCUGGGUGUUGAUAUUGCCUUGUUUACAUAUGCUCCUGGCCUUGUAACAGCUGCCUUUUUGCAGCAUGAAACUUUCAAGGCUUCAUUUCAAGCUUAUUUAUCCAGAAAUAAAAGGGCCAGGGAAGGUUACAAGCCCCAAUAUGUAACGGAGUACCACUUCCACACAGUGCAGGACACGGUAGGAGUGACCACUAACGGUUGUGUGGAAAUUGGAAGACACUGAUGGCUUAUUUUAAACAAAUGGUUCAGCUUUGCCAAUAUUCAUUUUUUUAAUCUGACAUUCAUUAACACUAUAAAAGGACUUAUUUAUAACAGACAAUGUCAAGUUUAAGUAAAACAUACUGUAUGUUCUAAAAGUUUGUUAUUAAUUGAAUUGUAUUUCUACACAUAAUAUAUGAUUUGUAGAUGCAGGUAAUACAUCUUUGUAGUGGGGUUUUAAACUACUGUGAACACUUCUGUGAAAGAAGUCAAGUAAUUUUUUUUAAAAAAGGCUCUUUAAGAGGUUAACUCUUACAGUUGCAAUAUUUGUACAAGCCCAAAAUAAAAUGGCCUUUUAUUCUUCAGACAUAAAACAUAUAUAUAUAUUGUUACUUACAAACACUGUUUCAUUUGAAAGUGGUUCAGAUCAUUGUAGAAAUCAUUUUGGAUAUUUAUGUUCUUAUACAUGUUGAGACAUUGGCCUCUCUUCAAUUGUAAUGGCACAGUUUUGUCCAGUGUUCAUCUAAUUGUGAUAUUGCAGUUCCAAAAUGGACCUGUAAAGCUUUCGCUGAGAAUAAUUGUUAAAGGAGAGGUGAUGGCAGGUUGGGGCAAGUGAGAGAAUUCAUACUCCUUUCUUCUUUUAGGAAUAGAUUAGCUCCUUCCGGAGUCUUGGGUCUAUUAUCACCUUUCAAACUCAAUCCUCCUCUGCCUUCAUGGCCUGGAUGGGAGCUGAUAGCUCCAGGAGCCACUGGUGAGGAAGAAUCCAAUUGCUCCCUCCCAGCACCUGACUGCGUGUUGCUGGCAGCUCUAUGGGCAGGGAAACAGAAAAAGAUUGCUUCACAUAUGCCCUGUAUGUCUAGUCAAUGGCAGAGAGAGAAAAGUACUCAAAAUGUGUUUUCGUAUGCUGCAAACUGCUUGUAUGGCUGAGAAAAAAAUCCUAUUCAGAUCCUGAAAAAAGCUAAAAUAAAAUCUUUAAAAACCAAUAUCACUUUUCAUUUACAUUUAAACAUACACAUAACAGAAAUAAAUAAAUAAAAAACAUUAAAAUCUGGUACUGUAAAUAGACAACGGUACAAUUACUACAUGUUUGACCAUAUUCGACAUGCUCUACUUCUUCACGUCGCAGUUAUCAUUUAUAAACGAAUUCAUGGUUUAUAAAUGAUAACUUAAUUAAUUGAACUCAAUCAUUUUUACUUUCCAUUGAAUCUACUGUAAUGUCUUGUAUUUAAGGCUUAAUCUUUGAGGGUGAGAUUCCUCUAUGACAAAAGUCACUGCUUGACAACCGUAACACAAUUUUAACUUACAUUUAUAACAACCAAUUAUAGUUGGCACCAUCCAAGUCAGCUACUGUCAUUUGAAAAGCUGUGUUAAUGACACUAUUAAAGAAUAGUGUUCAGACUCACACUCAGCAGAGACAUUAGCCUUUAGGCUAAGUAUAAGAUGUCAGGUAAUACCGGUUCUUCUGUACUUAAAGGAAAGGUUCAACUUGAUGUCUUAUGUGAUUAUUAUAACAAUGACAGUUAUCCAAAGAAAGGAGGGGGGGGGCAGAUGCUGCUGAUGAGGAUGAGCAAACUAACCACCUUUGACAAGGUGUCAUCCUGCUGGUAUUUCAAUGUGUCAGUACCUCUUGAUAAACAUCAUUCUUUACCCUCUGCUUUUUUGUUCUAAAAGUAAAUGUGUUGAUUAAAAAAGUUGUUACCAGCGCUGUGUUUACCCAGGUUAUUAUCACAACAUUGGUUUAAUUGUAACAUCCUAGGUUUUUCAGUUCAACAAUAUUGCAAAAAAAGUCAGACAUUGCAACAAACAACCAGACAGGUUUAAAACAAACCCCUGAGAGUUACACUUGUUGAAAUGGAAAAUAAAGGCAAACUGUAAAAUCAAUCCCAGUUUACAAACUUCCUAGUUAAACUUUUAUGGGGCAUUCUAGAUAUAUAAUAACUCUCUGAAAUUCGGCUCAACUCAAUCUGAAGCCUGUUUUCCUGCAGGAUCUUGAGGCUUUGGGUUGUCAUUUGUCCGUUUGCUGAUUUAGAUUAACACCCUCAACUCUUUAUGGGGUAUCCCCCCCAGGCCUGCUGACAGAAUUAAUCCAGAGUUUGUUUUGUUUUCUUGUGGCUUUAAAAUGAUUUCCUAUCCGAUAUAAAUUACAGCUUUUUCCUUGGAAUGUGUGAGUUCUCUGUAUAACGUAAAUAUACAACUUAACCAGAGAUGGGUGUAUAUUUAUGUCCUGCCUAUUCUUUAAUAUAUAUUAGAUGACAUGUGAAUAUUUUUUUUUUUAAA